AUGGACGGCCAGAGAUGGACGGCCAGGGAUGAAUUGGGAGGAAGGGGGGAGUCGACGAGGAGAGGGGAUGAGUUUAACACGAUUCACAAUAUGAAGGUCCAAGGCACUUGCACUCUGUCCCCAUCAUGCCCAUCCCAUCCUCGCAUUCUUAUCCCCCCAUGUCUGAUUAUCUCUCAUCCCUCUUCUGUCAUCUCUACGCCGCCUGUCCCCACUUCCCCCGUCCCUACUAUACCCGUCCCUACUAUCCCCGUCCCUAAUAUCCCCGUCCCUAUUCUUCCCGUACCUACUCUCCCCGACCCUAUUACCUUAUCCUCGUCCCUCUUCUCUUCUCCCCGUCCCUACUCUCCCCGUCCCUACUCUCCCCGUCCCUAUCCCCCCCGUACCUACUCUCCCCGUCCCUCCCUACUCUCCCCGUCCCUACUCUCCCCGUCCCUACUCUCCCCGACCCUAGUCUUUCCGACCCUACUCUCCCCAACCCCACUCUCCCCGACCCUACUCUCCCCGUCCUUCCUCUCCCGUCCUUCCUCUCCCCGUCCCGCCUCUCCCCGUCCCUACACUCGCCGUCCCUACUCUCCCCGUCCCUCCUCUCCCCGUCCCUACACUCGCCGUCCCUACUCUCCCCGUCCCUACUCUCCCCGUCCCCACACUCCCCGACCCUACUCUCCCCGUCCCUACUCUACCCGACCCUACUCUUUCCGACCCUACUCUCCCCAACCCUACUCUCCCCGACCCUACUCUCCCCGUCCUUCCUCUCCCGUCCUUCCUCUCCCCGACCCUACUCCCCCCGUCCCUACUCUCCCCGUCCCUACUCUAACCGUCCUUACUCUCCCCGUACCUACUCUCCCCGUCCCUACCUUCCCCGUCCCUACUUUCCCCGUCCCUACUUUCCCCGUCCCUACUUUCCCAUCUCCUUCACAGGUACAGGUGCGCACGAUUGGUGGGAAUGGCGGGCAGCGGCGCGACGAUACGCGCGCUCGGCGGACGGUGCUGGUGCGAACGGCGAUAUCCAUUUCACACCCCUACUGCCACGCUCUCGCGACUCCCACGGACGGGUGCGAGGUGACUCAGACUGGCGCACUCGCUGUGCGAAGGCGUGUUCGGCGGACGGCUGGUGCAAAUGGCGAGCUGCGCAGCACUACUGGCGGCCUGCGCGAGCGUGUCAUGGCGGGGAGACGACCAGCGGCGCGACGAUACGCGAAGUGGCGAAGCAGGCAGGGGUGGUUGGUAGGAGCGGGGGUGAUCGGGUGUGUGCGCGCGGGGAUGGCCCACCCACCUCGCGUCACGCCGUGCCACCGUCCCACGCAUCCCUCCACUGGUGGCGGGGGCCGCCAACGGUGCUCGCGCGUGAAUGCGCGCAUCUCGACCACCUCGUCCUCCGCGCACCAACCAUACUUUCCAACGAAACUGGCCCUAGUCUAUCGUAACUACAAAGUCGUCCAACGCGCACCAGCCGCUUCAGUGCCCUAG